UACCAUCCAACGUACACUUAGACAGAGCAAUAUAACCCACAGGUAACAUAUACGGAUGUAUAUAAACACAUACAAAGGAUAUUUACCCGGAAUUACACUUAUGCACAUAACAUCAGAUCGCGAUGACACGCAACACACACGGAGCUUCUUCUCUACAAGAGCGUACCACAUGUGGUCUCUCGGAGCUACGCAUGCGCACAAAGAGCCAACGCACCGCACCGCGUGAACGGGAGAGAAAUCUCUUAAAGGGCCAUACACAUUUAUUUCACCACACAACAGAAAGGUUUACUUUUUACCCCCUGGCCACAUUUACAAAAAUGCUUUUAUUGACAGUUUUGAUGACAUCUGCACCACUUAUCCUUGGCAAGGAUAUCUGUAUUACGAUAGGUAUAAUUACGACCACGUAUACUGAGACCAUUGCACACUGACAGUAUACAGAAGAUAUACAAAUAACAUUUGACAAUCAAUCUGCGUCAUUACGGAAUAGGCAUGGUGUAGUUGGGCAAUACGAGUUAAAUUUACACACGUGUGACAGUGCACGAGCUAAUGCUAUUUAGCAUAUUCUCUCGUGGCAAUUUACACCGCUACGCCGCUCAUCGCUCGCCAGUGGUAGCCACGAAGAUUGGAAGACAUCAAUACGUGUACUAGUUAACAGCAUAUGCACAGAUUUAGUUAUGGAGGGCAUGAACGCAUAGUACGGAGCAUAGACAAGAUGCACAGAUGAGCAUUCAUCAAUUUGUCUUCCUGUGCAACACUUAAUCAGUCCGUGUGGACGACAACUUGGUUCCUAGGACAGCUGUACACCAGUAAAUACAAACGACUGAGAGUUUAUUCAUUUAGCCUUUUCCAUAUAGUUACUUAGGCACGUUUGAGCGAUAGCUGUAGCUGCAUGUUGCUCGUGGUGUACCAACGCAUAUGUGCAAAAGUUGCUGCUGAUAGCUUGAUGUUAACUCGAGCAUGCAAUGCAAGACUGCUAACAUGAAAACGUAUUGACUGUUACAUGGUUAAUCAUUUUAAAAUAAAUUAGGCAGAUCACACAUUAUGCACAGUGAGUAGUAAGGAGUAAAGAUCAUUCACUUAUCUUAGGUCUGGAUGUUUCUGAAUACGUGCUGCCUCUGAAAUGCGCUGCACUGCUGCAACAAUCACUAGCCGAGAUUUAAACGUAGAGCAGCAAGCUCAUUGGCUGCUGAUACGGAGGGAACCAAUCACUUCACCGUGAAGUAGUUAUUCGGACUGGGUUCGAUUUUCUGAGUUUUCCGCAUCUGUAGCAAUCAUUUUGAGAGGCGUUUUGACAAUUCAGAGACACCGUACAAACCAGCGGCAAAUACGAAAAAACGCAUACGAAAAAUUCAGACUGUAUGUGCGAAGACCUUUAUUCAGUGUUGUUUAACGUCUUUAUUUGUUUGUCUUUCUUUCCGCCCACAGGAUGAUUGACAGGCACAUCAUCCAAUAGGCACGAUGAUAGCAACAGGUGGCCUCCUGAGGAUUUCACGGCGCCAGGACUCUCUCCGCACCAAGAACCGAGCGGAAAACAAAAAGAAGAGGAAAGCGCAGAAGAAGCGUAAAACGGACAUGGUUGUUGUGAAGGGAAAAGUGAAACUGUGCUCUCUCUCCGGCCUGGUGGCUGCGCUGGGAAUUCUCAUCUUACUGGUGGGCGUCGCCAUGGCUGUACUGGGAUACUGGCCCAAAGAAAACCCCAAAUACCCGGAGAGUUUCUUCAGGAAGAUAGAGACCGUGCGCGUGUCAAACGUCACGAGCAACAGAAAGUUCUUUGCGUUGAGCGAAGUCAACGACACGGACAGCAGAAACUCUUCAUCCCCGAGCGCGCGGUCCCUGGGAUUCUUCGCAAGUCUCUUUGCCAGUUAUUUGUACUCGGAUAACCUGAAAGUGUUCGGACCUCUGGUGAUGGGCGUCGGAAUCUUCCUCUUCAUCUGCGCCAACGCCGUUCUGCACGAGGAUCGAGACAAGAAGACGAAAAUCAUCAAUCUGAGAGACAUUUACUCCACCGUCAUAGACAUCCACAGCCUGCGUGCCAAAGACCUGGCACCCUUCAACGGUCUAAUCAGUUACGUGCAGUCCAGGAGCGCCGAGGUCAAAUCAUCCGGCGCGGGCGUGACGCGAGGCUCCUGGCCCUCCACUGGACAUUCCAGACGCCCGUCACGCGCCNGUUUUCUUUACCCCAUACAAUUUACACAACUCAGCUAUCACCUCACUCUCAAAGUUCCUCCCCUGGUCCGAGUGUAA